GAAAUUUCAAAUUUGGUUUACAAUACGGUUUGAAUCACCGAGUUUGGUAUGGGAUUGAUUCGAUUUCGGUAUUGGUCUGUUUCGGUUUGGUACAAUACACAAGCUUUCAAUUUCUUGGUUUUAUUUACUCGAUUUGGGUUACGUCAAAAACAUAAUCUCGCAAGUGGUUCCGGUCACGAUGUCGACGACGACGACGCCGCCGCCGCGGCAGAAAUGUAUCGGGUUGCCAUGGCCCGAGCUCAACGAUGGAUUGGCAUACAAGGAUGUCGUCUCCUCUUCUGAUUCAGAGUUAAGGACGGUGUUAGAUUUCUACUCAACUAAAUACAAGAGCUCAGCUCCGUUGCUAGGGUGGGUUCAACGAAUCCAAAACGGACAGAUACAAAUUGACGGGGAAGUUGUAAAAGAUCCAACCACACUUCUUAGGAGUGGUUCGAAGUUAGUUUACCAUAGGCUUCCCUGGAAGGAACCUGACACGCCAUACUCGCUAGAAAUUUUGUAUGAAGACGAUGAUAUGAUAGCUUUAAACAAGCCUUCUGGACUCCAAGUAUUGCCAGGAGGGCUUUUCCAGCAGCGGACUUUGUUGACGCAACUGCAAUGGUGUUUUGGUAAUAAAGAGGCUUCACACCCUGUCCCUGUACAUCGACUGGGCAGAGGAACAUCAGGUAUACUUCUCUGUGCGAAGACAAAGCUUGCAAAAACUAAACUUGCAGCUUAUUUUGCUGAGGGAACCUCUCUUGUCGGGUUCGGUAACCUGGAUCAAGAGUGUGGAACCGGAAGAAAAAUAUCAAAGAUAUAUCGAGCACUAGCAGAUGGUAUAGUAGCUAUCAAACAGCCUAUUGGAGUGGUUCGAUAUCCUGGUGUCGCAAAAGGAUUAUAUGUUGCUUCUCCAGAAGGCAAACCUGCUCUCAGCAAAGUAGCUGUUCUGGAGAGGGACAUGCAAAGAAAUUGCACGCUGGUUAAGGUGGAAAUACAGUCUGGAAGACCACAUCAAAUCCGGAUUCAUCUUGCAUACAUGGGACAUCCCUUGGUAGGGGACCCUCUUUAUGUUGCGGGCGGACAACCAAAAUGCUUUGAUCCAAAUGUUGUAGAUGCUGCUGCAUUUGCUCAAGACGGGGGUUACCGAAGACCAAAUCAGGCUGUUCCUGGGGAUUGCGGAUAUCAUCUGCAUGCACAUCAAGUAGAGCUACCAAACCUGUUGAACCCUAGUAAGGUCGUAAAAGUUGCGGCGCCAUUACCACCAAUCCUCCAAACAAGAUCCGAAGCAGAAGAAGAAGCUCUUUACUCCUGCAAGUUAAGUUGAAUUACCCUUUCACUGGACACCAUUCGAUGUGAUUCUUCAAGUGUUAUCCUCCUUGGAAAACAUACAGAGAGCUAAGCUUAGCUCUCUCUGUUAUUAUCAGCAACAUUACAAAUACAAACAUCAGCUAUGAAUUUUCUGCAGGCACCUAACUUAAGCUGAACCAAAUACAAAAAGCAAAAAAAAAAAAUGCCUAUAUUAACUGACAUUCUAAAUUAAGAAGAAAAAAACGGUAAAAUGAGAUAUAUAAUACACAAAGGAUGACAAACAAAGAAUAUGCCAACCUCCAAAAACAAACUAAUCAUGACCCUAAGAAGCUUUUGAUUCACGUGGCUGCCUCUGCUACACCAUUUACUCCUCCUAUGUUACCUUCAUCCUUUCCGCUUGCGAUCUCUGCUCUAUCUUCGAUAUGCUUCCCAAAGCUCAGAACUCCACUAACAUCCACCUGAGUCUCUUUGGUGGUAACAACUUGUUGCUUAAGAUGCGUUGUAAAUGCUUCAGGGCAACUUGCAAGCAACUUGGCAGACUCUGGCAAAGAUGUGAGCCCGGUUUGAAUUCUGUUGCCAUCCCAGAAACCGUAGCUCGUAAUAGGAACAUUCUGAAGGUGUUGCUGAUUGAUGUACUGAUGUCUUGUAUCACGGUCCCUGCUCAAGGUUGAUGAUGACCUGAUACUUCCGCCUGGAUUGUGUUUUUGCUUGCUUCCAUUCUCAUCAGCGCUUAGGACUGUGCCAAACAGCUUCACAUCUCCAUUCUUAUCAUGCCUCUCAGUAUCAGGCAAACUAAAUGAAUGGCUCCUGCCAUGACCAGAUCUUCCAUCUCUAUGGUAUACUGUCAGAGGCCUAGUAGCUGAACUCGAACACUUGUUGAGUGAGAAACCUUCACCUGUACGUUGGGUUUUCACAAUCAAAUCAGAUUUUGACCUAUUUAUUCUGCUCUGAUCUUGCGUGAAUGAUAUCCGGGGAAUUUGACAAGGUUCCGUAUUAGUCGCAUAUAGUUGACCAUUCUGCUCAGCGCUGACAUGGCCUAAAACCCGAAGCCUCCCCUCCAAAUCCAGAUUGACCUUAGAAUUCUGCCAACCAAAGUUAUUUGUUUGGACCACUUGUCCAACAAGAGUAUUUGGUAACUCGGACUCUGUAUGGCGAUCGGGAUUUCCUUGUGGUACACUCACACCUACAAGGUCUUCUGUCAAUACCUCAAUCGGAACAUGGUGCAGACAUUCAGGGUACCUGAAACCUGAAGGUGCAGCUUCAGCAUCAAGGCCAGAAUUUCUGGUUUUGUUUGCAGCUUGCAUCACACCAUCCUGAUUCUUUGAACUUUGUUUAGGCAUUGCAGCACCUUGAUCUCCUGAGCCAUUGCUUGAGCUUUCUAUGGGAGUCUCCACAAUAAUAUUGGAAAGAACGCUUGAGCCACAGUACAAGGGAUCAGAAGAUACAGCGACAGAUGUUAGAUUACCUUCAUCUAUAUCCAUUGAUGAUAGAUCAUUGCUCUUAAUUUUCUCUGCAGCCUGACACUGGCUGUCAACAGUGUUAAUGUCUACCAAAUCUCUGCAAGGUUCCGAAACUAGACCCGGGAGACCCCCAUCGACAUAUGCAUUGUUCACGAGAUUUGUAUCAUCUUUCAAACGCAAAUAUGUCGGCCCAUUCUCCUGUUCUGAUCUACUAAGGCCGGGUUUCGUAUCUGCAGGGCCUGAAUGAUCAGCUCCUUCCUGAUUCAUGUUAAAUGGUGAGGUAGGUGAAUUCAAACCCAUCUUGGCGCUGACUCCAUUAUUGCAUAUGCCAGAGUUACUCUCCAUAGCACAAGGAUCUUCCAAGUCGCUUCCACCACCCUCAUUGGCAUUAUCAACACUUGCAGACGUGCUUACAUUUCCAGAUCCAGACUGUAUACAUUCCAACCCAAGGCAUUUCCGAACUUUGCUAAAGAAAACCCUACACUGAUCUUGAGACCUUGUCCUGACGAACCUCGAUAUUGAAGCAAAAUUCUUGCCAAAUAGCGAGAACCCCUGUAUAAAGGCAGAUCUCUCAUCAUCUGUCCAAUGAAUAGGACCCGUCUCCCCGCAACUCUCUUCCGAACAUGAGUCAUCGUCUUCAUUGCUGUUCUCAUUAUGUGUAGUAUGAGAUACCCGAGGCUUUUUUACAACAGGAUCAAAUUUCAGAUGAUCCAUACACCGCUCUUUAGAGUUCACGGAAGUCCUUAAGCAAGAAUUUAUCUGCUCGGAUGACAAAGGACCAACGGCUAAAACAUCUGCACCAAGAGGUCUCUUACGAGGGAAAUCGAAACUGUAGGAGCACCCUUCAGAGUUAUUGCCAUCGUGAUGCAAUGAAUUAGAACUGCUGCAACCUCUAAGGGUGAUCCUUUUGGAAGAGAACUGCCUGGUUGAUGCAACCUUUCCCGCGUUUGCUGCUAUAAUGGAGACGGCACCUAAAAUAUCAAGAGAGGCAGCCCCCAUCUCACGUUUCCACUUUUUUCGUGGCGCCAACAUGUAGGUGUGCUUCCCUUCUUUACCAUAAGCACGCUGCUUCUUUAUUUUCCCAAAGCAAUCAGACUUGUGGUUUUUGUAGUAGUAAUCGAUGCAGUCCGCAGUUGUCUUUUGCGUAAGAUAUGUAGCAAUUUUUUUGAAAUCCUUCCCGUGCAUUGCUAGCAUAUUCAGGAAAGUCUCUUUCUCCUCUGACGUCCAAGGAUUGAUCAUUGUUCUUUCCUUCUCAACGUCACAUGGAUCUUCAAUCAGUCCAUUGCUAGAGAUAAACCUCGACUUCACCCUCUCUUUCUCAUCCAAAAUCAUCGCAGGCAUUCUCAAAAUGUCUCUAAAAGGCUUUAGACGGGUACUCUGGAGUAGCUUUUCCAUAUAACUUACGAGCUCUGUUGUGGAGGCUACACUAUCCCUUCUUGUAGCUGAAGAAGAGAACCUCAGGCGUACAGGUUGGGGAAGCCUCAGAUGCCCAGUAUUUUUUGCAUUCGGAUAUAGAUCUGUUUUCUUGUUGGACUUUGGUUGGUACUUUGUUAAUGCUAGUUGAUUCAGAUCUUUCUUCCAUGCGAGCUGAAACGCUUUAAACUGAAGGAGCAAAAUUUUCUCCCUAGCUCUCAAGAGCUCUACCCUAUCAGCAAUUUUCUCGUUGACAUGAGAAUCAAACUGCCUUAGACAUAUGCCAGGGAAUCUUGAGUCAUCAAACGAACUGAAAUCUCUUGGAAGCAAAUCAUUAAAUACUUGAGAUGAUUCACUGGCAUAUUUCUUAUUGGAAGAUAAUAACUUAGCACAGAUCACGUCUUCAUUGCAGGCCAUGCUAUCAUCAGCAGAAGAAAGCUCAAUAGUUUCCGGAUUGGCAAAAGCAGAUGUGUUAAUCUCUUUGGAAGAAGCAGCUGCCUUCAUAGACGGCACGGGCAUCAUAUCUUCAUUGCCUUCAACAGUGGCACAAGCUUGGGAUAGAGAUUUAACUUGUCCAGGACUAUCCUCAAAAACAUCAACAGGAACCUUGGCUAAAACAGCCUGAUGAACAGGAUCCCUCACCAGUGUUUCAGCUACACACGACGCUGUUGACUUAGGACCCAAAAUACAAGACGCUUCCUGCUCCUUGGCCACAUUUUCAUCUCCCUCACAAAGGUGUGAACUGGAUCCAACAACACGGCCGUGUCUUCCACCUUCAAGCAUUAGCGUCCUAUGUUUGUUUUCAAGCUGAUCAAUUUCUGAUUCAGUCAUCUCUACAGCUUUCAAAAUAUCACCUUUCCAGGCAAGUAGUCUGUCCAUUGAUGUCAAUUGGACAGAGCUAGAAUCCCCUGUACCAGAAUCAUCAGUACCAAGCAACUCACUGAGUAAAGAGCCAAAUCGCUCCACUGAGACGUUAUCAGACUCCUCGAUAUUGAUUGGAAAUCGUUCAAGAUGAAUACUAGACACGGGACUAGGUGAACGGCACAUGAAUGAAAAUAGCAAGCAGAGAUAUGUAUACCAAAAUGAACCGUACCUGGUGAUGAACUGCAAGCUACAGAGGAUGGAGUUGUGGGGGAACCAUUUUCUGGAACAAUGGCUGCUGUAGGACUUCUAUCAGCAAUAUUUUUGUUCGAAGAAUGCAGUUCCUCUGUACCGUUUUCCAACAAUGUCGUCCCAUCUUCGUUUGUGUUAACAUCAACUUUCUUCUUCUCAUAUUUCGCCAGGCCCUCACCCCACCCAAGACGUUGUUUCUUUCUAGAACUCAUCUCCUCAGAAAGAUGAGUAGUUGUGGCACAUGCAGUAGCAUCUCCUGAAGAAGAUUGAGUCACAGCGACACUUUUAGGAAGAACCUCAUUCUUCCGAUCGCUUGAAUCAACAGCCCCCACGCUUUUCAAGCUACUUGAGUGGCUAAAACCUGAAUUCUGAGACGCAAAACUUCCAGAACAGGUCCACACUGGAAGUUUCCCAAUUGCUCCAAGAGAACUCUCCUUGUCGCAUUUCCUGGCACCGUCUAAGUCACUGGUUCCAUGUAACCCAUUAUCUUGCGGGUCUUUCAGAUGAAGCUGUUCCGAAGUCCCCUCUAGCUCUGCGUUGAGGGCAGGAGGAUCCAAUGAAUUAUCAUUAGUUAACCUUCGACCAUACAUCAAAUCAUCGCAUUGUUUUGCUGGAGAAUAAGCCUUAUUGCCAUAAUGGUUCUCCGAAGAAGGCCGGUCAAACAAGCUAACACAGUCAGAAUCAGGUUCUGACGGAAGUGAUAGCCUUUGAUCUGAAAACUUGUGCUCGUUUUUAAAUUUAAGUGUCCGCGUUGGGGUACAGAACUCAAUGUCCGGCUGAUGAGCGGAGUUUCCUGGAUCCCAAGAGUUCACCACAUUCGUAUGAGUAUCUGAAGCAUGUGGUGGCCUUUCAUCAACUGACCUCCGACCAUUUCUAAUACCACAUGGCCUUUCAAAACCUCGAGAAGAUCCGUUGCUCAUAUCCCAUGUAUUGCAUUUCCAGUCCUUCUGGCUUAAAGGAACUCUAUCAUCCCUGCAAUUCCUGGUAUAUCGCCAGUCUCCACGUGGUCCUGACUGUCUAUAGUAGUCAUUUUCAAACAUCCGGGCACUGGACCGAGAGGACGUGUAUCCAUGACUAGUCUCCUCCACAAACUGGUGCCGUCCGCCCUGCUUACCAUGAC